AUGCUGUCCAAUCCGCCAACGAGUAUUCAAGCCAGGCAGAGGCAACACCGCCGCCAGAAUUCGACACCCUCUGCCUUCGAAGGCGCGAAUAUCUCACCACUGCCCAAUGCCAACAACAGACGACAAGCCGCUGCCCACCGGCGCGGUCUAAGUCUCGAUAUCAGACGACAACAGACGACACCACAGACAGCACGGCAGGACUUGAAUAAGGUAAGAAUGACUACUAACAAUACAGGACUAGCAAAUACUUCGCAGCAUAACGUUCUGCGAGAAGCGCAGCAGCAACGCACCCAAGCACGCCCGGGCCCCAACCAAAUGCAAUAUGCCUCCAUGGCAUCUAACGACAAUGAGAGCUUCUUGAUCUCGCCACAUGGAACUCCUCAGACACAACGGUUCGACUCGUCAUCAUGUUUCGACGCCAAUGCUUUCCGGUUUCCAUACGGAUCCCAAUUGGACAUGAUGAUGCAGAAAAACCAGGAGAACUUCUACAAUAAUAUGGCUGAGAGCAAAACCUUUGAACUCUACUCCAAUGACAGUGCUCUAUCAACUCCCACCUUCAUGAAUUUUCCAGACAGCCCUGCCGGCCAGGCUUGGUCCGCUGAUGACGCAAAUGGUCGCCGAAAUUCAAGGCGAAUCAGCGACGGUAUCAUGGAGCGUGUAAACAAGUUUGAGAGCAUGGGUAUUGAAGAGCAUCAAAGACCUACCACACCACUAAAUCAGAAUGGAACUAACUACUAUCCCCCUACCCCAAUGGAAACACCUCAUGACCGUAUGGCCAAGCAAGAAGCCAGACCAGAGAGAUUUGCCGAGGAUUAUGAUGAGUCAAUGGAAGAAACUAUUAAGCCUAACCGGAGCAACCGCUCUGCUCCUCGAGCCCAAUCAGUCUUUGCAGAGAUGAGACAGCAAGCCGAAGAAAACGUCGCUGUACCUAGCCCGCCGAAGACAAGCACGAUACCUGAUACCAAGACGUUCAGUAACCUGGAGUCGCAAAAUUCAGACUAUAUGAGCAUGAGCGAAAUGCGAAACGAGUUUGUCAAGAUGGAAGACCCAAAUGACGUAUCUAGAUUUGAGCUGGAUACGAAUCGCUCGUUCUCGGACUUGUCUCAACACACGUCUCCUGAGUCUCAGUAUAUUGGCCAGUUUGGUGGUGUCUUCGAUGGAAAGCUAGAUCUUCAGCAUGUGCCUCAUUCCGACUCCAAUGCCGAAUCCGGAAAGUCUUCUCUCCACCGCCGCACAGAGUCUGUUGCCAGUAUAGCCAGCGCAGCUAGUAUCGCUGACAUCAACAUUGAUGAGACUCGGACAGAUACUGGUGUGACUUCGGAGGAGAUUUCUCAGUAUAUCCACAGCCCUGAGACAACGGACGGCAAGUGGGUUUGCCUGUUUGAAGACUGCGGCAAGCAGUUUGGACGAAAGGAAAACAUCAAAUCACAUGUGCAAACACACCUCAACGACCGACAAUACCAAUGCCCUACCUGCAAGAAGUGCUUUGUGCGUCAGCAUGAUCUCAAGAGACACGCCAAGAUUCAUACCGGAAUCAAGCCAUAUCCCUGCGAAUGCGGGAACAGCUUCGCCCGUCACGAUGCUCUGACCAGACACCGCCAACGAGGCAUGUGUAUCGGUGCCUUCGACGGAGUUGUCCGCAAGGUCGUCAAGCGUGGCCGCCCCAGGAAGAAUCGCCCAGAUAUGGACACCAGAAUGGAGAAAUCAGCAAGAACCAGGAAGAAGAACAUGUCCAUUAGCUCAGUUUCAUCUCUGUCCGGAUAUUCCGAUAGCUCUGCCGUCAAUUCUCCUGAGAACGAUUAUAACAUGCUCGAUGACAUGUUGGACAUGACAAUUGCCAAGAACAGAAGUCAUGGGAUGCCAUCCAUGUCAACAGCUCCUAUGCCUACAUUAGUACCCAAAGGAAUUAGCCAAGGCAUGGCUGCUUCUCCUUCAGUUGUCAGCGUGCACUCGUAUGUGUCACCUGAGGCUAUCAUGGACAAGAUGCCGUCACAUCCUGCAUCACCUGCAAAAAGCGGCGUCAGCCAUUACAACACACCACCUGGGCUAUCUCAGUCUUCGUCACCACCACAUGGCCAAUUCUUUGAUAUGGACCCCCAUACGUCAUCUUCUGGAGCUGACGAUUUGGCGGGCAUGUCAACGGGAAACAGCAUGAUUGACUCGUCCGGUAUGGAUGGAACUCUACCUAUGGGUAUGGGUGACCAAGCCGAGGACUUGCUGCUACAAUUUAGCGAAGAAGACGCCGGCCUGUUGCAGCUGGAUCGCGAAACAAGCAUGCUCAUGCUAAAUAAGUUUGAUGAUGAAUUUGAUAACACUGUCGGCAUGUUCACCAACAAUGACGACAUGUUCUUCAGUAACCCGUGA